AUGUUUUUCGCAAUGUUCUUCGUCUUCUUUCGGAUCCUUCAGAUCCUCACUCUGAUCCCCUGCAUGGGUAUGCUUGCCUGGUUCGUCGAUGGAUUCGUCAAGCAAAACGCCUUGACUCCCGAUUCAAUCCUCAUCCUCUUUAUUGUCUCGGUUCUCGCGCUUGCUUGGGCUAUCUUCACCCUCUUCAGCUACCACCGCUCCUCGACAAACGCCCACUUUGUCGCCUUCGUUGAUGCCCUCUUCUUCGGUGCCUUCAUCGCCGCCGUUUACUACCUCCGCUACGUACGUAACACCGACUGUGUUAGCAUUCGACGUGGCGACGACUGGGACCUCUCCGCUGGCGAUGUCAGGGUCAUCGGCCCCAGCUAUGACCUCGUCAAUAACAAGCCAUGCUCUAUGCUCAAGGCCUGCUGGGCAUUCGGCAUUAUGAACGUCAUCUUCUUUGCCAUCACCUCUGUUGUCGCUUUCAUGCACGGCGGACACAUGAGCGCCUAUGACCGCCACCACUCUUCUCGCCGUUCUUACCACUCCAGCCGUCACAGCCACCGAAGCCGUUCCCGCUCUGGCUCUCGCUACAGCAGCCGUAGCCGCCCUCACUCUCGACGUGUCUACGUUUAGGAACCUUAUCCUGC